UCGAACCAACUAUAUAUAUAUGCAAUCAUCUAGACUAAUCGUUUUGGCUAGCAGAGAACUCUAGAAGCAGCAGCAGCAGGAAGAGAAAGAAAGGUAAAAGCUUAAGCUCUUAUUGAGACUUGCAGAAUCAUCUCCGCAACGUUGUCGACGACCUGCAAAAAUGGAGACACCACCAAAAGAUGAAACACAAAACCCUCCUGCGAAUCCGAAUCCGAAACCAGCCAUGGCGUCUUCAUGUAGGAGGAAGGUAAAGGAAGAUGCCACUUUUUUUGAGGACGUGAAAGAUCACAUCGAUGAGUUCAUUCAUGCCUCCAUGGAUGAACACAAGACCUGCUUCCAGAAGACCAUCAGCAAGAUGUUUGGAUUAUCCAAGGCUGUGGCUGAGAAGCAGGCCGAGGAAGCCAAGGGAGGAGUCGAGAGUCAGUUGCCUCUUCAAACGACAGUGUCGGAUUAAAAAGUGUCAUGUCCUUCGAAGAUACCAACACAUGUCCUUUUCCUCUUGUUUAUCUAAGUCAUUUUGUAAAUCAAUAAUCUUUUGAGUUUGUGUUAAUUACUCUUAGUAGUUCCCAAAAUAUAACGUUGGAAAACAGUGAAGCCCUUUGUUAUAUAUAAUGCACCAUGUGGAAGGUA